GGGCACACGCACACGCACACAACUAGUCAUGUUAAAACCAUCACAUGCCGCUGCCCUCGGCACACGCUAACGUGCGUCUUCCGCGGACGGAGGUGUUUUACUGUUCGCUCGUACACGCGUCGCGUUCAUUCUUCAUUUUUUCUCCUAGUCGUCACUUUUUCACACAUCCCGCAUACAUCAUUAUUAUUAUUAUUAUUAUUAUUAUCCUAAUCAGUUAUCGUCGUCAUCGUUAUUAUUACAAUAAUUAUUAUUUGAUAUCGUUGUCGUCAUAUUCACCGUCGCCGUCGUCAUUGGCAAGGUACGACGAAAAACAUAAAUAUUUUGAAAAUCGCGAGUGCAUGUGUGUGUGGGCGGGUGAAGGGUACACCGUACGCUCCGCCGACGACGACGAUGUUGCGCAGACAAAGUUCGAUUGGCCGGCGGUCAGCGGGUUGACCGUUUGAAUUCGAUUCGUUUUCGAUUUCUCGAUUUUCGUUUCCCGCCGCGGCCCGUCGAAACGGUUUUCAAAUUACUCGUCGUGUAAUCGUCUUCUCCUCGCCGAUCUAAAAUGAUCGAUCGACGACCGGAUUUGGAAGUGAUCGACGUAUCUCAGAACGGGUUGUUAACGGAUAUGGACACGCCACAGUACAGUCUUCGGUGGAACAAUCACCUGGUCCACAUGAUGGACGCCAUCGAAGUACUCCUACAAAACGAAACUCUCGUGGACGUGACGCUGGUUUGUGAAAAGACCCAGUUUAAAGCUCACAAAGUGGUCUUAUCCGCUUGCAGUCCAUAUUUUCAAAGGCUAUUCUCUGAAACCCCGUGUAAACAUCCCGUGAUCGUGCUUAAGGACCUUCCCGACUGGGAGAUGAGAGCUAUCAUACAUUUCAUGUACAAAGGGGAGAUUAACGUUGGACAAGAACAGUUGCCGCUGUUGCUACAGGCUGCUGAAACGUUACAAAUACGCGGACUGGCCCACACUGAACGCAUUCCGUUGUUCGUGGAUUCACCCACCUCGUCGUCGGCGACACCCACGGACGUCCAACCACCAUCGUCGCAACAGCAACAGCAGCAACCGCUUCCGUCGUCUCAUAAUCACAGCGCAAGCGGUCAUCAUCACCAUCACCAUCACCAUUCCAGCCGGGGCCACAGUCCCGGUGGCAAGUCUGGCACGACCGCCGGCCACGAGCUGAUGAACGGACAGAGUUCACCGGGCAAGGGUCACCAUCACCACCAUCACCACCACAGACACCGGACUGCUGACUCGCCUCAGAGUCCGCGCAACAAGUCACAGCCGCCACCGCCGCACCACGCACUCGCGCUUCCUCCGCCGCCACCACCGCACCACCGCGACGGGUCCGCAGGUCGCAUGUCGCCGACCACCAGGAUGUUCUUCCAAGCCGCCGCGGCUGCUGCGGCCGCUGCUGCAGCCAAUCCGUACGAUCCUUCGCACAUUCGUUUGCCUCAAAUACAACACUUGCCGCCCAUCACGUUCAACGACAGGAAUUGUCCGUCGCCGACACCUCGCAGGAAACAGGCGAGACCCAGGCGAAGAUCAGGCGAAGCGAUUGGUCCACAAGAUUUGAGCAAAGCACCUUCUCCGUCAAACUUCAGUAACAAUGUUGCCGAAAACUUGUCGAUGAAAAAAUCACCAAACAAUGAAAAUGUCAAUAAUGAAAACAUGCCGACAAAUUUAAGUUGUAACAAUAAAAGGCCAGAUAGGACACCGUCACCGUCGGCUAAACAAAUGAAGGUUGAAAUAGAAGAAUCAGAAAUGAUUGGAGACUUGGGACAGAGUCUGCCGGUAGAGUUGACUGCCAACAGUGGCAACCCAAACGUAAAUAAUAAUAACAAUAAUAAUAAUAACCAGUCGAGUAACAAAAAAAACCACCACCAUCACCACCAUCAUCAUCUCAACCACCAACAACAUCAGAGGCAUCCGGAUUUCCCUUAUUACGGACCGGAUCCCAUGAGCAUACCACUUAAUCCACACGAUCCACACUUUGAGAACUCUCUUUUUCCUCCUUUUGGACCGUUGUCAUCGCUAUCUCUACAAGGACCUCCUCACAUGUUUCCAAUAGAUGCCCAGUUUGGUUUAUUCCAUGGUUUGGAUGGCUGCAGAAACCCACUGCUAAACGAACUAAUCGAGCCAAGGUUCGACAAUCCACCACCGAGUAAAAAGAAAAAGAAAAUGUUCCCCGUUGGACGUCCCAAAGGCCAGCACAGUGCUCCGCGUGGAGGUCCGCCUAGAUCAUGGACGAACGCCGAACUCACAGAAGCGUUACAACACGUGUGGAACAAGAAAAUGACUACGUCGCAGGCAUCCAGGAUCUUCGGUAUACCGUACAACAGUUUACUCAUGUACGUGCGUGGCAAGUACGGUAAAUCCCUAAAACUAGAACAGUUGAAAAAAGAGUGUUUCGGUGAUAUAAACGGUCCACUGGACUUGUUGCACUUCGGAUCCAUAUCAAACAACAACAACAGUAGCAACAAGAACAAUAAUAACAACAACAACAGCAGCAAUAGCAACAACAACAAUAGCAGUGGUGGCAACAACGGCCAAUCAAAUAUCAACGGUAACGGUAAUAAUAAUAAUGGACCGACAAUGCAGCCGUGCAACCCACCGUCUGAACCCGUCGACCUAAUGCUGGGCCCUCCUGGAUUCAACCCACCCGCGUUCCCGACACCCAACUUCUUCCCGGACUUCGGGUCCACUUUCCCGAUGGGCAUAGACAUGAUACACCUGAUGCACCAGCAACAGCAGCAGAUGUCAUCGCUGUCGGCGGCUGAUAAACACCAGUACUUGGGACUGCAAGACAUGAUCAGUGGUCAGCCACUGCAGUCGGCCGUCGUGCUGGACUACGCGAUGAAGUCGCCGGCUGCAAGCCGCAGCAACUCGGAACCACCGACGACGGGCGGUGAGGGCGACGGUGAUGGAGACGUCGACGGCGAUGUUGAAGGUGAUGGUGACUGUGAUGACGACGACGGUGCCGACGAUUGUGGCGUCGAUGACGAAGAAGAGGAGGACGACGACGACGACGUGGUGGCCAUGGACUUCUCGAAGGCUGGUGACGUUGGCAACGGUGACGUUGCUAUCGGUGACGUUGCCAGCGGUGGUGUUGGUGGAGGAGCCGGUGGCGGUGAUGAGGACGAUGGAGUCGACGAUGAGGAUGACGACGACGACGACGACGAAAGACUGAGUCCGGAAGCGGAUGACAAGGACAAGGAGCAAGACUGACACGGGGUGUUUAGGGACUACGCGCUGGCGGCGUUCGACGCGGUGCUCCGAACUUAAUUUUUCUGCAGCAGUGUUCUUCACCGAGUGUACUUCCUGCACCGAGAAAUGCGCACACGCCAGUUUUUCACAAGCGCGUGUCCCUUGUCCACCACAUUGACGUUGUCACAGGCAUUCGGCUGCUAAAUCGCCGAUCCCUCUCCCCACCCAACCAUUUAUGUGCAUGCCCCUCACCUCUAAUCCUUAUCUUGUCGAACCCCUUCUUCUCCUCACUCUUAGUCGUAAUUCAAAUUAUGUCUAUAUUAUAAUACAUAAAAAAUAAUAAUUAUUAUUAUAUAAUCAUUUGGCCGAAUCGUACGGCCGUAAUUCGUAAUCGCGCAUGUAAUAUAAUAAUCGUUUUUAAUGAUAAGGGAUUAAAAUAAAAUAUAAAAAACGAAAAUAAAAUCGUAAGUAAAACUACUACAGCUAGUGAAUACAAAGAAACGUGUAAAUUAGAUUUUAAAACAAAUUGAUUGUGUACAUAUUUAUAAUUAAUCGUCGUAUCGUUAUUAAAAAAUAUAUAUAUAUAAAUAUUAUUUUAGACCAAAAUGUAGCCAUUUUAAAGAUAAAUUAUUGUUCCAAAACAAUAGAAUUUCGUCUCAGCCCGAUAAACAAAUCAAAACGAUACAAUUACCUAAUAUACAGCCGAACACAUUAUGGUGUCUACAUACAGUUCCUAAGUUUUAGUUACAGUAAUUUUAUUUUAUUUUAUUAGAUAUUAAUCAUGUGUAUACUUCUGUGAAACUGUGAUUCCUAUACACACAUGUUGGCUUUAAGUUUUACUGCAUUUCGUACGUUUUUAAGAGAUAAAACAUUUUUUACCUCGAAAUUAGUAAGAAAAAAUGACAAAAUAUAUACAACAUUGUUCCUCGUAUAUAAAGCCACUAAAAUACAUAUUUUUUUUUUAUAGUUCCUGUUCAUUCGCCAUUUUGUUUUUUUUUUUUAAUUUUCUGAGCCAUAAAACGCAUACGUUUGAAAAAUUUUGUAAUUGAUGGAGUGUAAUAUUACCAGUAAUUUGAUUAUUGAAGUAGGUAAUAUUAUUUAACCAACGAAAUUACAUUAAAACUUUACGUGUCUCCAACAGCGGUCGGUCAAAUUUUGAUAACAGCUUUCAUUAAAUAUCAUCAUCAUCAUUAUCAUUAUUACUGUAGUAAUAUAACAACAGUAACAAUCCAAAUAAGCAAAUGGUUAGAGUUUACAAGAGAUGGUGCGUCAUACCUAUUUCAAAGGUAUUAUUAUAUGGCAAACGUUAAAUUUUAUUUUAAUUCUUGCAAUAGUUCUAAUAGGAUUUUAAACUCAACUAUAGAGAAAUACACUCGUCACUCAUGCAGGGUAAUCAUGAAACAUUUAUAAUACAAUACAGGUACCUCUAUAUACAUAAUAAAAAUAAUAAUAGUAAUAAAUAUCAGGAACGAUAAUAAAUCUAUUAUACGAUAAUUAUUCACACAAAUACACCUCAAACCAAAAAGUUCAUUAUUUAUAGUAUUUAUUAUAAUUUAAAA